GCUAUGCUAUCUGCGCUCUCUUCUCUCCCUCUCUCAGCGCCUCUUCUGUGUGCCGCACUUCUCAUCCGACACGUCCAGUCGCGACGCAGUGGCACUCUGCGAGUCCGACGGCCGCGACACAGCUAGAGGACAGGACUCCGGCAGCAGACCCCGCCCAGAAAACUGGCUGCCCGACAGCCGAGCAUCGCCCUCAGAGUUGCUCUCGGAACGCAUCACCGCGGGGGGCAGAGCGCUGGUCGAUGAAGCGGGAGGCGGCUGCUGCUGCUGCUGUUGCUGCGGGUACAUGGGCGAUGGUGAAGCGGCGUUGUCGCAGUCGUUGCCAUUUGGCGUGGCGGGGGCGCCCUCCACCUCUGCCUCCUGCGGAGGAGGGUGCGACAGCUGCAGACCUGACCCGCCCCCCGCCGCUCCCCCCUGUUGCUGGGGGUUGACAGCCGCACCAUCGGCCACCGGCUCGCCCUGCGCCACGGACGACUCCUCGCCUCCCUGGCUGCUGCUCGAACCCACGCGAUUCUCCUCGUAUGCGUGGAACAGCGGGCUGGGCUGUGUGGUCGUGUUUGGCGUCUCGGUGGCCUGAGGUGCUGGUGGUGCGGGGGAGGAUGGGGCGGGGCCGGAUGGACAUGGGGAGGGUUCUUCCUCGGUGACGGCGGCCUGGGUGUCCUUCUGCUGCCGCAGGAACCAGUCGCAGUAGCGCUUAAGCUGGGCGGCCUGAACGAAAUGGAAUGGAUGGACGGAUGGAUCCCACGACAAGGGAAUGGGUGGAUGGUCGGAGGAUGUCUCGCAGCCAUGAUGAUUGUGGUGUGUUUACCUGGUACUGUUCGGCGACUUGUUUGACGGCGAGGACGUUCUGCUGAGUGAUGCGCUGGUAGAGCUCCUGCUCACACAUCUCCUUGACGGGCUCCAACAUAAACUCAUCAGACACCUGCACAUACACAUAGACACACCAACCACACACACAUCACUGGCUGGUCUCGCACACAAGCCACCUAAUCUAUCCCUCCCCUACUCUGCGCUCACCUGCAGCAGCUCGACCAGGAACGGUAUGUCGUUGGGGUCGCCCAUCAGGCCGCCCGCCGCCCCAGCACCAGCACCAGCCCCACCACUGCCCCCACCGGCCGCAGCAGCAGCAGCCGGGCUGGGCCCGCUGGAUGCGCCCAUGCGGUAUGCGAAGGGCUGUGAGUUGUUGAUGGAUAGGGAAGAGAGUGAGAGCGGCAGGGGGUUGUAGAUGGACGAGAGGGCGAAUGGGCGUGGGGGCAUGACUGAGGGGCGGUAGCGGAACUUGACCUCGCCCGAGUACAGGAAGUCCAUCAUCGACUCAAACACCUCGUAGCGCACACCGGGGAUCUGCACACAUACAUACAAGGGGUGAAUGGAUGGAUGGAUGAAUUGAUGGCCUUCUCUGUCCGGGUGUGUGGGAUGUGUGUGAGUGCUUUGUUUGUUGACCUCGAUUUCCUUCUCGGAUGACUCCUUCAUGCCGCUGGUGAACAUGGCGCGGAAUCGGUCGCUCAGCAGACACAGAAUGAUGCGGUGGGCGUAGUACUGACGCCCCUCCACAAUCUAGUACGACACAAGACACACACACACACACACACAGAGAGAGAGAGAGAGAGCAUCAUCUGUGCUCUUGAGGGCCAUGUCGUGUAUGUGUCUCUGUGCCUUACGAAUGUGAUAUCAGAGAAGGUGGGGUUGUUUCUGAACUCCAUGAGUGAGGUUCGGAGCUUCUCCAGGCUGGACGAGGUCUCCGAACGGGACACAUCCGGCGCGGGAUCUGAACAAACGCAAUCAAUCAAUGCCGGGGGGAGGGAGAAGGAGCUAUCCAUCCAUCGACCCGCUUCUGCUGCUACACAUCCAUCCGUCGAUCUCCACACGCACCCACCUGUGUCGAGUAUGUGGCAGUCGCGGAAGUAUGUGGGGCCGAAACUCCCACCCAACACAAACACCUUGCGGUCAACCUAAGGACACACACGCACAUGCACACACUCGUGAGUGAGUGACGACGGUGUCCUUGGCUGUCUGUCUGUCUGUCUGUCUGUGUGUCUGUCAUACCACAGCAGCGACGUGUCCGGCCCGUUUGUCCGGUCGUGGCAUGUCCUCGUCCAUGGGCGGCUGAAACCACGUCUGGUUGUCUGAGACACCAUCAGAUGAACACACACGACACAGAGAGACAAACAGAGAGAGAUGCAUUGACUGACACGGCUGUCUCUUGUUCGUUCGUCAGCUCAAUGCAACGGGUGGUCAUUUGCUGACUCACCAGGGUCGUAGCAGUGCAGGUCGUUGAAGCACUUGGUGGCAUGGCCCGAGCCGCCAAAGAGAUAGAGAUAGCCGCGGAUAUAGUUGAGCGACAUACCCGCCCGGGCGUGGGGGAUGGAGCCCUUGACCUCCGGACGCGUCCACACCAGCGUCUCUGAUGUGCACACACACAUCCACACAUCCGCCCGCGGCUCUCCCCUCCCAGUCUGUCUGUCUGCACAUCCAAGUGUGGUUGGUACAUACCUGUGUCGAGCACGUAAAGGUCGUUGAGCCGCUUGUGGCCAUCCCACCCCCCUUCAGGCCGACAAGGACAGACAGACAGAUACAGGACUGACUCAUUUCUCCCCGUGUGCGUUUUGUGUGUACGUGCCCUCUCAGCUGCUUACCGAAGACGAAGAGCCGAUGUCCGGCCGUGGCCGACGAGUGGUUGGCGCGGGGGGGCGGGAUCUCGCCAAACGACUUGACGGGAUGCCACUCCAUCGCCUCUGAUGUCCACACAAAAAGGAGAGAGAUGGAUGGGCGUCCUGUGUUCGAUUCGUGCACAUGUCUGUGUGUGGGUGUGGGUGUCUGCCGUACCAAUGUCGAGUGCGUGCAGGUCGUUCAGGUACGCCCGACCAUCGCCGCCUGGAGCAGACGCACAGACAGACAGACAGACGGCCCAUUUGAGUGCGUGCGAUGAUGAGUGUAUGUCGAGUGCGCACGCCUACCUCUGAAGACGAGUAUCUUCUGUCUGUUGUCAAUCUGGACGAGGUCGGCCGUGUGCAUGUUGCAGGGGCCGGGGGGAUCCCCAUUCACAAUGGGAUCGACCCAGCGCUUCUGAGCUGCACCACACACACCCAGACACACGAGAGCCGAGAUCUAUCACGCGUGUGAAGGCCUUCUUUGUGCUGGCAUCCCUCCCUCCCUCCCUAAUACGAUAGGCACCCACCCAGGUCGAGUAUGUGAAGGUCGUUGGCGGCGAGAGGUCCGCUGCCCAGCCAGCCGCCCAGGAUGUACAGACACCGACCCACCAGAGUUGCAGUGUGGCCAUUCCGGCCAUCAGGCACCUCACCUGCACACAACACAACACGCGACGCUCAACGGUCGUGUGAGCACUGGACGGAUGGGACUCUGGUGUGCCUUUCUCUCACCGAAUAUGACGGGCUUGGUCCACUCGUACGUGUCGAGGUCGAGUGCCCAGAGGUCGCUGUGGUUGCGCUUGCCGUCAUAACCCCCGAAGAUGUACAGACGCUUGCCUGAGUCAAGAAAGCGGUCACUCAGUAAGUGAUUCCCCUGUGUGUGUGUGGUUGUCUCUUUGCCUACCGUCGAGAGUUGCCGUGUGGUUCUUGACCGAGGCCAUCUGUUCCGUCACCUUGGUGGUCGACCACUUCAUCUUGGGAAGCGGAGGCGCGCUGCCGUUACCACACGACACAACCUACGCAGCAAACACACACACACACACACACGCCAAGCACACAACAAGGUGUCAGCUUGACGUGUCUCUCCCUGCCUCCCUCCCUCCCCUCUGCAGCGGCGCCCCUAGUGUGUGCGUUGCUCACCUGUCCUGCGGCAGCCGACUGCGAGGCCGAUGCGUCCUGGAAGUUUGAGAGCGUCCCUCCGUCGUCAGCAGACGAGCUCGACGCCAUCGCUCAAUCAACCAAAGCUCCAAACACUUUCAAACCACAGAUUUCAGACACAGGCACCUGUGCGGGUGCUCGCAGCACUGACUGUUGCUUCGCCUUUGCCCUCCUG